GGCAGCCGCUCUGGCGCGUGGAGCACCUCCUGCUGGUGACGGACGAAUACGGCACCAUUCUGGGCUUCGAUUUCCUGCUGGGGGGCUUCCUGGAGACAGCUGGGCCGGAGCCCCUGGAGCCCCGGGCCCUCGCCCUUCUCUGCUACACCAUGUUCUGCCCCCUGGGCUCGGGGGAGCCCCGCCGGCCGAAGCUGCUGACGGUGGGGGACCCCGCUUUGCACAAGUCCCUGGAGCCCCUGCUGGCUCGCCUGGGCGUGCGCAUGAGCAAGGGCCCGAUGCGGGGCUGGGGCCCCAAGCCCACCUUCUCCUUCCCCACCACGAGGGUGAGGGCCUGUCACGUGUGCAAGCGGCACAGUUUUGAGGGCCAGAUCACAGCCUGCCAGUACUGCCGUGCCGUCUUCUAUUGCUCGGAGAAGUGCCGGAAGCUGGACUGGAGCCGCAGCCCCGAGGACAUUGGGCACCAGUUUUGGUGCCAGCGCAUGGCCGGGUACAUGAGCCACGCCCGAGAGCUCGCCAACCUCCCCUUCACCUUCGCUGCCGAGGUGACCAGCGACACCUUCAACAAGGAGGGCUUCCUGCUUGCGCGAGGGCUGACCCGCGGCUACUGGGUGGCCGAGAGCAUGCUGGUGAGGGCCCCCGACUACGGUCUGGGGCUGCAGAAGGGCUCCGCCAGGACCCCCGUGCCCUUCCUCCAGAGCGGGAACCCCUUCGAGGCGCUCAGGCCGGAAGGAGGGACGGCGUUGCCCCCAGCGCCCCCCGAGCCCCCGAUGCCCCGGACGUUCUUCGCUUCCUGGAAAGAGUACUACCAGUGGCGGGGGCUGCCUCUCGGGGCCCCCCUGGCCGUGCUGCUCACCUACCCCCUCACCACCUACUACAUCAUCACUCAGCUGGCCCCCCAACACUUCCCGGAACUGAACAUUUUGAACAAACAGUCCCUCAAGAUCCACCUGGUGGAGGCUGCGAAGGAGUUUGCCGUGCUGAUGGUCUUCUGG